AUGAUGCUUCCUUGUGCAGCCACAGAGAACUUAAAGCCUAUCGUCCGCUGCAUGAUUGUCCUGGAUGAGGAGGUGUCUGCUUCCUCACUUGCUGCUGUGCACUAUGAUCCAGAUCUAAAAGAUGUGAACAUAGUUGCCACAUACAGUGACCAUUAUGGCAAUAUACGGCUUGUGAUACCACGGGAUUCAUUUCAAAAUGUUUCUAUAAUGGAAGGGAGUGCAAGUCAUUCUACAACUAAUCAGUCUGGUGAAAGCGAGAAUCAGUUUCCACAUGUGAAAUUUACAAGCCCGGCGAAACUGAAGCGUCAUCAGUGUGGAGAAAAUCAACGUGUUAUAGGAAAAGCAACCUCCGAUGCUGACCUUCCUUCAAGCGCACUUGAUCAAGCAAAAGCCAUGGGCCAUGCUCUCUCUCUAGCAAAAGACGAGUUAUAUGACUGUCAUGAACUUGCAAAAAAAUUCCGGGCCAUGCUUCAAUCCACUGAGCGCAAUGUAGAUGGACUGAAGAAAAAGGGCACCUUCUUGAUUCAGCUGGCCGCCAAAACAUUUCCCCAGCCAUUGCAUUGCCUGAGUCUGCAGCUAGCGGCAGACUAUUUUCUUCUCGGUUUGAAUGAAGAGGAUGCAGUAAAAAAGGAUGCCAAUCGAAUAAAGUUUGAAGAUCCUUCUCUCUAUCACUAUGCGAUCUUUUCUGAUAACGUUCUCGCUACAUCAGUUGUGGUCAACUCCACUGUCCUGAAUGCAAAGGAACCGCAGAAGCAUGUGUUCCAUAUAGUAACUGACAAACUGAAUUUUGCUGCAAUGAAGAUGUGGUUUCGCAUCAAUGCUCCUGUUGAUGCGACGAUUCAAGUUGAGAACAUCAAUGAUUUUAAGUGGCUGAACUCGUCGUACUGCUCUGUUCUACGGCAGCUUUAA